AUGCACCCUUCUUCUUCUUCUUCUUUUGGGGCAAGGAUUCGUCCUUCUCGCCGCCUCCCCCUCCUUUCUAAAAACCGCCCUCCUCCUCUGAAGUCAUGCCUCGCAGCUUCGGACUCUGACCGGGACUCCACCCCCCCUCAAGAGCCCGUCCGGAAGACAGUACGCUUCCCGGACGACAAGCUCUUCCUCGAGCAGGUCAGGACAAUUCCGGCUCGGCCAGAUCGGACCAAAAAGGCCAUCUUCAAAAGAGGUCAGGUCGCGGAGACGAAGUCGUUCAUCAUGUACACUUCAAAUCCCUCAAGCACCAACCAGCGGUUCCUUUCCAAGCUUCCUGGAAGCUCUGGACCUCGGUACGAAAACCAUUCCCAGUGGAUGAGCGUUGUACGUGCCCGUUAUCUCGCUGCUGCGUAUGUGUCUGAGCCCCGUUCUCCGCGGUCCGCACCUUCCUCCGAUGAGUCGGCCUUCGACAUGUCUUCCCUGAAAGACGCCCUGACUGAGCCUGCCUCUGGUAGUUCAGUGCAUGGGUCUGACUUCGACAUGUCCUCUCUGGCAGAUGCCUUGCCGGACCCGAACGACACCUUCAAUAUGCGCUCGCUCAUGGACGCUCUGCCUGAGGCUGCCCCCAAGCCAUGUGGGUUUGCCUCCGACAUGUCCUCUCUCAAGCGUGCACUUCCAGACCCUGAUGCUCCCUCUGAAGUAUCAUCCCUUGCGCCUGCGCCCAAGUCCAUGGUUGCUCCCCACUCUCGCGAUCUACCUCCAAAGGUUCAUGUACGUGCGGUUCAGACCCACGUCCAGGUUGGUCCCUUCUCGACAACCUGCUUCUUCAACCUUUGUGGGCUCUGCCUUGUGCUGGGGUCUUUCUUCCCAUGUCUUGCACCAGCAUUAUAUGCUGCGUUUGCGCUCCUGUCCAUCUAUGGGACAUGCUUCUUUUGA